CCAUGAUCAGAUUGAUCCAAUCAUCUAUCUUUCGUCUAUCCUCCCUCACUGGCCACCUCAAUCUUCGGAAGAUGUCAUCCUUUCCGCUCCCUUCAUCCACCAUUCAAGUCAACCUCACGCCCGAUCUCACCCGGGAACAACUUCUCAAAUUUCAUCCAUUCUCCUCUUGGUUAUCUAAGCUGCAACACUCCCUUUCAUUACAGUCGUCCUCUCCUGAUCAUCCUUUUCAUGGAGAGGAAUAUUCUCUCAAGUCCAUUACCAUCCAGUCGGUCGACUUCUUUGGCUCCGGGGACAAGAAGCGUGUCGGUUUCAUCAAACUCUCGACUUCUGUCGGGAAUGCUAAGGGGGAAUAUAUUCCUGGGUCCGUAUUUCUCAGAGGCGGGAGUGUUGCCAUUCUCCUUAUCCUCGAGCCAGAGGGAACCGAGGGUGAACUAUGGGCUGUAUUAACUGUUCAACCACGGAUUCCCGCAGGCUCGUUGGAAAUGGUAGAAUUGCCCGCUGGGAUGAUUGAUGAUGCUGGAACCUUUGCAGGUGCUGCGGCCAGCGAAAUUGAGGAGGAGUGUGGGAUUAAGAUACCGGAGGACAAACUUAUUGAUCUUACAUCACCCGCGUUGAAGGGUUUUGCGAGCACGGAGAAAGAAAGACUUGAAGAAGCUAUUUAUCCUUCUCCCGGGGGCAGUGAUGAGUUUAUGAAGAUUUUUGCACAUGUUUGUAAGAUACCACGAGAAACACUGAAGGACUGGCAGGGGAGGUUGACAGGAUUGAGGGAUCAUGGUGAGAAGAUUGCACUCAAGUUGGUCAGACUUGAGGAUCUCUGGAAGGAGACACGAGAUGCCAAAGCUCUGAGCGCAAUUGCGCUGUGGGAUGGACUGAAAAGAGAGAGUAGAAUUUGA